GGUGCGCGCGAUCGGCGCGCCAUUUGUCGUGUGUGCUCGCCGUUCGACGUGUAUCGCGUGUUAUCCCACGUUAAUUAAUCGUUUUUCGGGUUAACGAUCCAGGGUGCAAUCGAUCGUUCCUCGACAGAUACAAGUGUGAUACAAGUGCAUAUUGCGUGGUUGCAAGGAGACGCUCCGAAUGUGACGCGUGGCUCGAAACGUUAUUGGAAUUGAACAGUGACAAAGUUCGACGAAUUUCAAGUACUCCGAUUCUAUCUUACCAGUGGGAUUCGUACAGUUUAAUGCAUCGAGGUAGAUGUGAAUGACAAAAAGGAUAAGGAUAAGAGAAGUGCAUUCAAACGACAAAAGAAACACGCAAAGGUAACGCGAUGUAAACAAACGUCUCUUGAUAAUCUUCCAGUGUGUCAGUGUUAUGAUGUGAAGCGAAGUGCGAGAACCAGACCCGCGAAUGAAAAACACCCUUCGAGGAAUUUGUUUUGUUACCGAACGUGUUUCUGUGCUGCGAGGGAAUCGAUCAACAAGGACAAAUUCGUCUGCAAACCGGUGGACCGUUCAACCUCAUCAACGUUCAGCAGUCGAAAUUGUAUUUGGUGCAGAGCUUGGAAGCAGCCUAUAUACCUGGAGGGUGGUGACGAUGUGAUCGCUGUCGUAGCUGCAUGCAAGGAGGAUUAAUGGACUGGCGGAAUGCCGGGCUGGCAGGAAAUGGGAGCUUUUGAAAAAUAACUGGAGGCAUUGCGGUACGCCGUGAAUCCCGUGACUCAACUAUUCCAUUGUCCCUGAAAGCUAGCUACGGACCAAGGAGGCUCAGAUUACCUCGGCGAGGCGGAAGAGAAACGACGCGUUUCGAAGCUGUUGAUUCAUUCGCGAGCCUCUGAAACGAAAACGCGAGCCUCGUGUGUGGAGGAUUCGAGUAAAUUACUGUGUAUCCAGGCUGACCGCGUUAAUCGGCUUUCCGUGCGAACUGCGAGCCAGUUCGAUCGGCGAGAAAUGAGAAGAAGACGAAGCAACGGCAACAACCAAACGAAGAGGGUACGAGGGGUUCGUCGAAGCACGCAGUCGCGGUUUGCAUCGGGAACAUUUAUUCCGGAAAUCCUGUUUGUUGGAAUGAAGCCUUGAAGUUGCCAUCCACUUGCUCACCGCUCGCGUUUCCGUCUGCAUCCUGCAGCUUCGCUCGCGGCUACAUUUAUCUCUUUCUUUCGUUCAUUCUUUCUUCGCGAACGGGCAGAAGAGGUAGAAGAAGAAGAAGAAAAAGGAGGUCGGUAGCUUUACAUCGUACGGAAGAAAGUUUUUAGUGACUCAUGGAGACACUCUUGAAAUUCCCUCCGCGCCGUUCCUUAAGUUUCUAUUUUCCCGCUAAAGGAAAGAAAGGGGUAAAAAGCGGAAGUGCUGCUACGGCCUAGUCAGUGACGUGCUUCACCUCUCUGACGGCGCAUCGAGGCUUAAUCGAUGGAUCUCCUUCACCGACGUACCUCUAAAAUGAACGUUUAACCGAACCAACGAUCUACGCAAAUCUCGUUCACCAUGGAAUAUCUAGAGAUUGGAGUGUCCUCGUUGAAAGCCGUAAAGCAGAAUUAUGGUUAGCAUUACGUCGACGAAUCGUUUAAUAAAAGCAACCCGGAAGCCUAUAAAUAUCUCUUCAACUUAUGCGUGAGGAGGCUAAUAUCCCCGAAAAGUCGUAGAUCUUCGAGGAACGGAUUAAUAUCCUAGAAAAUAGAGAAUUCCAGUGAACGCGAGUGCCCUUUGGAAAAAUGACCCCGAUAGCGAUCGAAUACUCGAACGAUCCUGGAACGUCUUUCGACGAUCUGCUCGCGUUUGGCCAGCAUUUUCCGAAAGGAUAAUCGAAAGCCUGCGUCUAUGAAAAAGGAAGCUCGCAGAGGUGACACGGCCUUUCGAACGUAAAUCAUUCCACCGUCCAAUGGAGUGUUCAAGACUGGUUCGUGUUUCAAGGAGUCGUAGUUCCGCGAUGCAGAGAUCGCGAAGACGAUCGCGUAGAAGAUCGUCGAGGAGGUUGUUCGCGAUCAUCGUUGAAGAAACACUGAUUUCUCUUCACGAGACAGAUCUCUGAAAGGAUCUAUCGUUGACCGUAUUAUUCUUGGUAUGAAAAUCGUGGCUGGUGACUGGAGGUCAGAGGGAGCUGGAAGAAUACCGGGGACACCGUCGUUGAUCUCCCUAUUUCUCUUGCUCAUCCUAUCGAAGGACGCUGACAAAUAGUAAAGGCAGAAUUCGAGUGAUCCAGGGGAGGAAAAAAGGGAGAUAGAAUGGAGAAAGAGAACGCGAGACAUUACAGAGCUUACGAGGGCUUCAAGCCCGCGAACAAUGGGAAUACGUCGUCCUUGAAGAGGUCCACCUCAGAUCGCUCGAAAACGCAUCCGUCGAGACAAGUUAGGUGCCUGUGCUUCGGCGGCGUGCCGGACAAGGCUAGCCAGCACUCCUUCUUGAAGGGUUUUGUUAUAAACCUCGGUAUAUGCGCCCUUCUCGUCGCUUAUACUUUGCUCGGUAGCUUCAUCUUUCUUGCCAUCGAGAGCGGCACCGACGUCGGGAUACAACAAAGAACACUUGCCACAACAAUAGCCGGGAAUCAGCCUACCAGACGGAACACCACCGCUUGGAUGAAACAGGUUAAUCACGACGCUCGAGCAAAGACCGUGGAGAAUAUAUGGAUAAUCACGGAGAGUUUGAACAUCCUCUACCGUGAGAACUGGACGAGGUUGGCCGCCCAGGAGAUCGCACGUUUUCAGGAUCAACUGGUGAAGAGGAUCACCGAGGAUAUGAUGGCGACCCAGAACGCCGGAACAUACGUCGGAAGUUCCGCUAGCGACCCUGUCACAGAACGACGAGUGCCGGAAUACGAGUGGAACUUCGCCAAAGCGUUCUUGUACUCCCUCACCGUGCUGACUACGAUCGGUUGCGGUAGCGUUACACCAAAGUCUACAUGGGGUAAGAUCGCAACCAUGGGUUACGCCAGUCUGGGGAUCCCCUUGACUCUGGUUUACCUGUCAAGUGCCGGAGGCCUCUUAUCCAGGUGUGCCAGAGGGGUUUUCACGCGUGCCCUUUGUUGCUGUCUUUGUUCGAAUUGCGGUUAUUGUUGCUACGACGAAAGACGGAUGGAGGAGAAAGAAAGACGAAUGAGGAAGAAGAGACAGCAGGAGGAAUUGGCGCAACAGCAGCAGCAAUUGCAGUUGCAGGAACCCUUUUACGUGCGCGCAAAUGCGUCGACGUUCACAAGCACGGUGGAAAUUAAGGCCAGCCCGAAGGAUGAAGUGUCGAGUCUUGGUUCCGGUGACAGACCCAACGUUACCAUACUCGCACCAAUCAGCAUUUGUUUGGGCACGAUGCUCUGUUACAUCGUGGCAGGAGCUUUUACUCUCUACAAGUUUGACGGCUGGUCCUUUGUGGAUGCAAGCUACUUCUGCUUCAUGAGCCUAAGCACAAUUGGGUUCGGCGACAUGGUACCCGGUUCCUACCCACGGCACAGCCUCUACGAGUCCAGGAACGAGACCAUUUGGUUCUGCUCCUGUUACAUAAUGUCCGGAAUGGCGUUGACGGCUAUGUGUUUCAACAUCCUCCACGACGAGAUCGUGCACAGGCUGAGCCAUCAGGCGGAGAAGCAGGAACCAGUUAAAGCCAGCUCGAGCGUGGACGAACUGUCCACGGAUCCCUUCGCGUUGACCUCGUGACAAUUUCCAUCAGGCAACCUGUGCCACAGGAACGGCACCGACGAGAACGACAUAUGUGGAACCGAACCACCGACCAGCUUGUUCGCCCACGAGAACGAAAUCAAUAUCCUGAAGGACUCUUUCAAUCAAGUGGACGUCACUAGAGACUGCAAGCCGAUCUUGAAGCUCGAGGAUCACGUACCGCCGAUUCCUGGUGUCUAUAUGUUGCCGAAGGUCGACGAGGAAGCCGAAGAAAACACUGAAAUGUAAAACUGUAUCGUUUAUUUUUUUUCUUUUUCUUAUUUCACCCCCAAGUCUGAUGUUUGAUAAAAGUAACGAAGUGAAAGAACCUGUUGAAUGGGUUCGAGGACAUUCUUGAGGAAUAUGUUCCUGAUAGGUACACUCGAUGAAUAUGUAUGUGUUACAAAACGAAGAAGCAGUGACACAGUGUAAGCUUCGACUAACGACGAGAAAACUAAGAGAACGUUUUUCAAUUCGGUACGUCGUCGAUGUUAAUUUCAAGCGUCGUGAAUCAGUGACUUAACAGUUUUUCUAUGUCUUUUCAUAAAGUGUCUUUUUUUGUAAUUCGAACCGAUGAACGAAGAAAAGAUCUUUUGUUGUAACAGAGUCCGAAGAACAGGUAAACCAUUAACGGACUACUUUCGCGUAGUUUUCCGGAUUCAACGCUAACCGGUGAGAAUUGGUAUGUAUAAAGAUACAUUCUCGUCGAACAGAAGAGAGGCAGGAAAUUUCAAAGAAAGUAUAUAUUUGAAAACGGUUAGAAUGUCGUUUCCGAUGUAGGAUGAUUUUAGAAGACUUUUAGAAAAUUAUUUGAUAAACGUUAAUUGGAAAUCAUUAGGGUAGUUUCUUGCUUUCGGUAAAUUAAUUAAAACGAAAUAAUAGGAAAGCAAAACAAACUUAAUCCCUUUCGACGAAUAUCCUGUUUGAUUAAGUCAUAAUGGCAUUGCGCAACUUCUAAGUAAGAUGUUCCCAGGAUAUACGAAGCGUCUCCUAAAUGUCCUGAACUUCCUGCAGACAUUUCUGCGCUAAUCCUGCGUUACUCUUAAUAAACGCCGUAUCGCGAGAACGCGAAAUCUGUGUUUUCAGUGAAAUUAUAAUUACAAAAUAAUAUCAAACAAACUUCACGUUUCUAAUUAACGAAUAUCGGUAAUCUUUUAACACAUUGACUGCCAAGGUGAAGUUGGAAAUUUUAUCAAAUAGUAUGCAUUUGAUUUUUAAUAAAUCUUAUCAAUUAUCCAUAAUUUCAAAUACCUAUAAUCCGUCCAAUGAGACGAGUCAGGAUAUAUUUACAAAUUCCCGCGCUCGACGCAAGGUCGACCGGGGCUCAUUGUCAGUUGUCUCCAGUUCUUCAAACGGUUCGGUCGAGGUUUGUGUACUGUGAGCCGGAGCUGCUUCGAACACGUGAAUUUCUAUGCAUUUACUGUCUUGUCUCGUUGGAUAAAGUAUAAUUAAGUAAGUAAAAUAAUUCCUAUGGUAAAUACGGCGGUCAUCGUGUUGAAAUAAUUUAUUUUCAGUUUGCAAAUAUUGGAAAUGACAUUCUCAACCAACGACGAAAUCGACUCAAUGUUUCUACACGCCUAUUUAGAUAGAAACUUGUAAUAGUUUUUAUAUUUCUGCAUUUAAGCACUCACGUGGUAAACACAUUCUUGUCUAUAAUCUAAUUAAGUGGAUUAUUGCGUCUAGUUCGUAGGAUGGAACGUACAUCAAACAUUCCUUUUGUACAUUACAUUUAUGAAUUAAAGUACGACACUGCCGAGAUGAAUUUUUAAUAUGAAAAAAAAAACAUUUGUAAGGAUAUUUUGUAACCGGUGAAUUUUUCUAGAAUGAAAAUCUUUACAACGUUUUAAUAUAACUUUGAUCUUUGUAUGUGUCUAUUUUUAUCAUCGAUCACUAUUAAAACGUUCUUGUAAGAAAUUAUUUUCUACAGCAACAUCGUGGCUCACUUUUAAUCAAUUAUUCGUAAUAAAGUGUACGUCCAUUGGCUAGACGCAAAAAUCGGUGAAAGAAAAAUCACAUUCGAAUUCUAUGCUCAAGAACAAUAACUAAACUACUGUUGCGACUAGGCACUAAUCUUUAAGAGUGUUGCAUAUAAAAUUAUCCACAUUGUUUAAUAUCGGUAUUUCGUGAUAUUACGAGGUGCGUAAUGUAUAGUCGUGAAUUAGCUGUAAAAUAAUGAUCUCUUUAGUAUAGGGCAGACCUAACAGGAUUCUCUUCUUCAAAUAAUAAAACAGUUAUCAAUUGUUGUACAUAUUUUGAUCUCUUUAUUGUAUAUAUAUAUACAUACAUUAUUAUACAUAUUUUGUUCUUAUCAAUUACGUAAUGACAUGAAAGUACUAUCAGUCUGAGUAUUAUUAAUUAUUUACAAUUCAAUAAAUAUCGUUUAUUAUUAGAGUGUUACAUGACUGAUGGUAUAUAAAUAUAAAAUAAUAUUUUAUUUGUGUCAAAAAAAUAAAUGUAACUAAAAACACUACAAAAUUAAACUGCAUCCAAGUGCAUACAUUAGGUCUGCUCUGUACAAACGAGGAAAGAACCGCGAUCAGUAGCGACGUAACAAGAAAAAGUGUCCCUUCUUUCUGUUUCUUGUAACAUAUCAUAAGAUAUAAGGGAAGAUGAAAGGCUGAAGUGCUGCGCUGAGGAAAGGAACGAAGAAAUGAAAGAAGACAACACGUUGCUCUGACCCGUGCAUUGGUUUACUUCCGAUGGUGUCGCGAAUAGGCAAGCGAAUUUCCUACGGUGUCUAAUGACAAUCCAUAUUAUCUUCGAGCAUUUAUUAGAGUUAUCGUUAUCACUCGGUUGCCAAUUCGAUGGAGGCUCGUGGCUACCGGCCAAGUCAAACUUUACUUUUCCUGCUUGCGACCAACCAAUCCGAAUCAUCGAUCCAACCUGGGCUGACCGAGCAAACUUCCUCACACUCGUUCCAUUCAUUUUAUGAGACGUUCCUUCAAGCUGACGCUUGGACAAUUUGUUGUGGAUAACCGCCUGUAACUUUCCUUCGAUUCCUCUGACCAUCUGAUAUUAUGAACGUGCGAUGGCACUGAAACAGGAAAGUUUUCUUUUUUAAAAAGCCUGACUGGCGUGAAUCAAUUUUCUUUUUUGCAGUGAAAUUUAAAUUAAAUUAAAUGCUAUUGAAAUUAUUCCAGUAUUCGGAAAAGCAUUAACACCGGUAAGACAGGGGACAUUUAUCGGAAAAUUUCAUUUGCAAAGAGCGAAAAUAAUAAGCUUUUAUAUUACUUCCCAGGGUUAUACGAUCUUAAUAAUAGAUCUAUAAAAAGACAGCUGUUUCAUUUUUCUUUCCUGUCGUUGAAAUAAAAGAAAGGGCAUAAAAUAUUGAAAUUCGUUGGGAAUUUAAUUAUCAAGUUUCAUGUACUCGUAAAUGUGAUAUAAUGGUCCGAGGAAUGAAGCCUUUUCAUACGUAUAACGUUACCUUUAGCUCCGAUAUGAAUUCCCAUUGCAGAAACUCCAAGACUUGGACUUUUCUUAUUUCCUAAGAUUUUCCCUUCCUGCUCGCCUCCUCCUCGGGGAAAUAUCAGAGAGUUCAAAACACUGUUCGGUCAGAAGGAAACUUUAGCGCGACAGUUUUGCGAGAAAAAAUCAAUAAAAUUUUAUGUUUCGCAGAUUGAAAAUAAAAUAUUUCGAUCCUCCAUCGAUUAAUUAAACGUUUUGUACAUCUAAAAUACAUGAUCGUUUCUACCAACAAUCAAAUUUAACAGUGAUAACGUCGAUGAAUAAAAUGUCAAUUACAUUGCAGAAUACUUUCGAGUGAUAACAGAGGACUUUUUCGAUUAGAAUUAAGCUACACUUUUAUAUCAACGAGCGAAACAAACAUUAUCGACACAGAUGCAAUUAUUAUUAAAUUGUUGCACAUGAGAAGACCUAUUUAUUUAUUGUAACAAACAAUGUACGAUUCGAAACGACGAAUUCUUCAACGUAUCAUUUGCCUCGUUACUAUUAUCCAUCAGCCGUUUUGUAUUAAAACAAUCAUUAAAUAAUUUAUACGAUAAUUUUCCUUAGAUCUUAAGCUUCAAAUUGAUGUAUGGUACAUUCUAUUCGAUGAUACUUUUAUGUCAUGAAAUUUGAUUUAACCGAUUCAAUGUCUACCGAGUGAACGUAACAAUUCAUGUUUCUUCUAUGAAUGAAAUUUGAAAAGAAAGCAGAUCCGAAGGAGAACGUUUGUCGAUUGCCUGAGCAACCAGUUGAGUAAAAUCAUUAAAAUUAGCGUAGAGCUGAUUCAGUAUUCACAAUUGUGUCGAAUCGGCGGGAUUUGCUUCUGCCGUCCUUCCGUUUCAGCGAAUCCUAUACGAAAUUGCAACGUAAUGUAAUUUUCUCGAAUGUAACUCAUUCUUCGAGCAUGCCGUGUAAUAUUAACUUAGAAGAGAUCAUCGGACGAGUAAUGGCUGAUUAAUGACACACUGAGAACGUGGACAUUGGUUGAACUUGAAUUUUCUAUACUACCAUUGUACAUAGAAUUGAACGUUGUAUGAUAUUAAUGACGAUUCACGUUUAAUAUUAGAGGAAUGUUAUUCGAAACAUUGAUCCUGGAUUCUGUAUUUUCACUUUUGAUCGGUUUUGUCCAGGGGUAGCGAAGUGAGGGAUUACAGAUCAAGAGAAAAUUCAUAAUUAAAUGAUUUCUUGAAAAUCAAUUGUUGUCUCUGAAUAUUCUGAAAGAAUAAUCUGGCAUACUUUGUAGGAGUAAACUGUAUUAUCUAUGAAAUGUAAAUCUUUGUACAGGAAAAUUGAUAUGUUACAUUAACUCUAGUUUCUCAUUUUUUUAUUAAUUGAGUUAAUACAUCGUUUAAUUCGCUAUAAUUGAAAUUUUAAGGUAAUAAUAGUUGAUUUUUAUUGAAGUAAUGCAUGUAAAAACAAAGUGGAGAAGAAGAGUGUAUGUAAAUUAUAAAGAAAGCAACUGAGGAAACAUGUGAAAAAGGGUAAAAGAAAAAAAGACAAAGAAAACAAUUGUUUUAAAACCAUUGUUUUAAUUGGUGUCAUGUAACAAAUAUAAGAAUCAAUUAAUACUUUGUAAAUAGCUGAAACACUGAACGAUGUGGGAGCGAAUUCGACGUCAUUGUAAAAUACGAGGGGAAACGAAUUACUGGAUAUUGUACGUCUGUAUAAUCGUUUGUCGAACAAUGUAUCUUAUAUUACAGAAUAAUAAAACAAAAACGACUUAUCAAA